AUGGCAUCCUCGUCUGCCCCACUCCCCGCAGUGCUCCCAGGAGGGUCGCCCCCACCAGAUAUAUUGCACACAGCCACUACGAACACCUCCGCGAAACGCAAGCUCGCUGACGAUACACCAUCCGAGCGGAUCGACAAAACGCGACGAACGAACUCUAAUCGCGACCACCCAGCGCCCAUGUAUCUCUCGUCGUACGACCGUUUGCAACAAGCAGGCCCGAGCCAGACGUUCGCCCGGACGUCGCCCCUUUACGACUACAGCAAACCUGCUUGGCCCCAGAGUUCCGCAGGUCCAUGUCCCCGACGGGGAAGCCCGGUGACCACCACUCGAGCUUCCACCCCGUCUUCUGAGAGCUCCGAGGACACGGAGGACGGGGAGGACGCGAAGAACGUGAAGGACGUAAAGUACGCGGGAGACUCGAAAGAGUCGGAAGACUCAGAAGACUCGGAGGACUCAUCCCCGGAGCUCGCCAAAACAUCCACACCCCAGCCGCCGACGCUAUACCAGGCACACCAAACAAGCCCCGCGAAGGGAAAGGGCAAGCCCGUCACUACUCGGAGAGGCUAUGUGCCCUAUAGCUUUGAGAGCCGAUAUACGCCGGUGAGCAGUAUGGAUGACGUCCUGUCCCUUAUCCGUAGCGAUGGCACACAAGAGGGCGCACGACUAGAGGAUAUACGCGUGCACUCCUUCGUCCCCGUGCCAAGCACGCCGAUGAGCUUCGUCCGGCGCCACGCACCCCCGCAGCUUUCAAGCGACGAUUGCGAGUGCACGAUCUGCGUGCGCGCACUCGCAAAAAGGCUCGAAGAAGCUGCGCCCUUCACAGAGAAGCGUGAGCAGCUUUCGGCAGCCCCUCAGGGUCUGUUUCCCUGGAUGACGGGGAUUGAAGAGGGCAGGUCCGUACCCCGGCUGUAUGGGCCUGGGGUACCGCCUCCGCUGGACGCGCCGUGGAGGAAGGACGCUUCCGCUGACGUCCCUGGCGGGGCAACACAUGAUACGCUAAAGUCGUUUCUCGACACUUGCAUGGCUCGAGGCUUCAGGCCGCCCGGCUUGCCAGAGUGGAUUCAGUGA